AUCGCGAUCCAAAUGUCGUGAUAAUUACUGACCGUGUGACAGAGCCCUAAGAAUUAAAAUUUUGUAAAAUACAAUACAAUCCGGAAUAGUGGAGCAAACUAUUAAUUACAGCAUAACAUUAAUAUAUGAUUUGUUUGCUGACGUAAAUUCAAGGGUUAUCUGUAAAUCUUACCCGUGGUUUAAUAAGAGAAAUGAGAACAUUAAAAAUCCUAAAUUCAGAACAAAAUUCCGUAGUAUGUACGGUAGGAUUGGAAGAUUUAAGCGUUAUAUUAGACUGGUCUCAUAGCAAAUUGCUCCAGAUGCAGAGGUUUCUCAACUGUUACAAGAAGAUAAGCCUUGUAGCACCAAUGUGCUGCAGAAGCAAACAUUGAACUAAAGUCGCAGGUCCCACUAGUGUUUUUUUAAUAACUGGUUAUAGUGACCUUAAAACUAUGAAAUUAAGUGACACUGGAAGUGAUUUCGCAGGAUUUGCAUCGCUGGAAAGCUCAAAAGGAAAUAAUUCAGAAAGACAAUACGCAACAAAGAAAAAUAUCAGUUAUUCGGGCAUAAAAAAUAUAAAGUUUCAACAAGAGAAACAAAAAGGCCAGUCCAUGAAUUUAUUGUACGAAAGUUUGGGCAAUGAAUUUGGAGUUGGUGCAGCUGCAAAUAAACGUAGGAACCUGUCAAAAGAAUCGCAAAUGCUUGAUAAUCCUUUUCAAAUACCAAUGGAUCAAAUAGAAGUCUACUCAAAAUCCACUACUAGUUCUAAAGAAUAUAAAAGGCAAAAAAUCAACUCUAAAAAUCAACUGCGUUUGCAUUUAAAUCAACAAACAUUCAUUAGUACUAGUCAUAAUAACAAAUGUUCCACUGAAACCACCAGUGACUUUCCAGUCAGUACACCUUCGAAUACGCAUUCGAGAACCAUUCUUCAAAAAAAUACUAUAUCUGCCGAUACUUUUGAGCAAAAUUUAGCAUUAUUAAUAGCACAAAAACCCCAGAUGUCAUUGGAUGAAAAAAUUAACGCUUGGAAAUGCGAUUUAGAUCUUAGUGAUGUAGAGGAUGUAGGUAGUUUCGAUGAACUUUUCAAAGAACAUGAGGAGUUGAAGAAAAAAGUUGUACAUGCUACAAGAAAUAUAGAAGGGAAAUUUUCAAAACAUCUAUAUAAUUUUAAUGUAUUUCGAAAUGAAGUCCUACCUAAUAUCAAUGCAGGAUCUAUUUUCAAUGAAAAAACUCCAACUACUAGUGUUGCAAGCUUAUCAGCCCAACGGCGGAGGCGCGCAGCUCUGGAGUAUGAAACCAAAAAACCACAACAGUGUGAUAAUUUUAAAAGAAAGGGCAGCACAACGCCAACUUUUACAUCUUCUUCUGAAAAUGAUUUGUUGGUCAAUUCGGUUUCGAAGCAAUUAUUUAAUUCAGCACCACAUAAGCUUCUCAGCCAGAAGCUAGACAAUGAAGAAUCCGAAAAUACUGAUAAAUUGGCUUCCUGUGAAAGAGCAGAUGAAAAAAAAUGUUGCCAUUCGCCAUCUGCGAUAGUAAGACAUCAGGGGCUUGCAUCUAAAUUAUCGCGGACUUCAGCUGAAGAAAAUUCCAUCCUCAAGUUAUGCCGUCUCAACAGAUAUAUAGACAAAAUCAACCAAAGGAAAGAAACGAAUAAGGGAGGACUUAUUCAGAUGCGUUUUGAUUUUGCUAUACGAAAUAAAAGCAAACACUUGCACGAAAAAAAACGUCAGCUAUUUAAAACGCCCACAGUACCGCAAAAAUAUCUUCCAAUCGCAUCGCCCACGCUAUUACCGUUACCAAUGCCGGCCACCUUAACCGCCAUACUCCCAGACAACAUUGAGUUUAGUAGCAAUAACGCAAAUGAAAUGCUAUCUGAAAACAGUAAGAUGGCAAUGAAAAUAACUUCAGUGCCUCCUCAUAAUGCUGAUCGAUCAUGUCGUGAAUUUUCCCCCAGUUCCAAAACUAUUACUUCUGCAAAUUGUCAUCAACAACAUGAGUUUUGCAAUUAUUUGGGAUUGACUGGCAUGUCCACCGCCAAUGCAGUAGCCCAUGCAGUGGCAGAGCUAUCGAAGUGCAAUUUAGCUAGACGCUCAUUGCGUGUGCGUCGUUUGAAGCAACAAGUGAAACAGGAGAAAAUUCCUAGUGUAACGAAAAGCUGUACCAAAGAAGUUGGGUCGGUGCCGGCAUCACCACACGAAAUGAUGACAGUAGAAGAGGUUGACGAACCAAAGGAGAUAAUAUCAAAUCUUGUGGAAAGCGGAAAGAAGUCGCGACUUUUAACGGAGCACAGCUCUACUUUGGAGGAAGAAAGAAUUAAUAGCGUCAUUGCAAGUGAAGCAUGGGUUGAAAAGGAACCAGAAAUUAAGAUUGUUUGCAAAAUUACUUCCAUUGGCACCAAACCUGGUACUGCGCCCAUUCGUCAAACAUUGUUACGACAUUUGAAGCCGAACGAGGUAAAUUCAAAUGAUACUUCAACCUGUCCGCGGUCAUCGAUUAGUGAUGUAGAUGGUGAUGAAAUGAGCAGCAAUCCAACACCAAAUACAUUAAAAAAAGGUAAUUUGAAUUUUCAACGUGAGCGCAGGUUUUCACCAACACGAAACAGUACAUGUUCGUCGGUUAAAAAUGCCAGAACUACUAAAAGUUUAGAAGAUUCUGAUUGCAUUAAAAUGCAGUUACAUAAUAAAUUUAAAAAAUACUUGGAAGCGUCACGUAAAAUAAAACCGAGCAUUUGCAUUGUUCAAGCACUACAUAAUCCAGAUCCCAGACAGUACUCACAACCUAAACCUAAUUGCCGAUCUAAAGAAGAUGUUAAGGAAACUUUCGAUGAGAAAAUAAUGUUGAAUACUAAAGCAGUAAAACAAUCAAAAACAUCAAACAAACGAAGCCUUGCUGAACACCAGCAAAAUUUGGAGGAAAGCGAUAAGGUUGUUGAAAUAAAUGAUAAAAAACGAAUGCAGUUGAAGCGACGUGAGUUAACGUUGCUCUCAAGACAAAAGAAGAAAGAGCGCUUGCGAAAAUUGUUAGCGUUAGCUACGCCUUGGCAUAAAAUUAAGAAUCAUCGUCAGCUUCGAAACCGUAAAAUUUUACUGGUAAAAACUAUAAGAUCAACUCAGAACACAAGUAGGAAAUCGAAGACUGACAAAGUCAACCCAGUGGAAUUGGACAGUAUAGUUUCAUCGUCCAAAAGUGAAAUUUCCAAUACAAGAACUUCAAAAUUUAGAAAGGAAAACCAUCAGGAGCAUAAAAACAAAUACAAGCUAGCUCAAAAAGGAAUCAUCACAUCUAGAAGCACACCGUCACCACUCGAUACAUCCACAAAACAGCAAAACCUUAGAACUUCAAAUACGGGGUUUUCAGCGCCGGUGCGAAAAAUUCAAACGACAUCCGCAGAGCAACGAGGCAAUCAAAGCAAAAACUCUAAUUUUGAGGUUUCGGUGCUUUCCCCUUUAGUUUUGUCAGAAAACACGCGAACAAUCACAAAAACAGGCACUCAAGGAUCCAACCUAGAAUGUGAAACUGUUGUUGUAUCAUCAACAACCAACAGUUAUGAUGAGGCAACAUUACUCAAAUUAAAUAACAGGCCUAGUCACGUAUCUCGCGAACUAAAUUCAACUCAACUCGAUGCCCCUUGUGUUAUUACAACCAAAGAUAGUAGUACCCAAAGUACCAGGCCAGUGGGUAUACAUUUUUUAAGUGCUCCAAACAAGCAAAUUCAGAAUCCUAUAAAAGCUGUAAACGGCAAUGUUGAUUAUAUCUACUAUGAAAUGGAUGUGUUAAUUGUUAUUCAAGAAAAAUUGGUGAGCUUCUGGAAAUAUUUUAAGCUCCUUAAUGUUUUAGCUGGAUCACAGGAUUGUAAUAAAUGUUCUUAUCGCAUAAACAGCGAAGAUUCAAAUCUAGCUACGCAUCUUUCUACAAGUGGAUCAGCACCCCAAUGGUUGUCGUUAGGAGAGUGUCGGCGCCUUAUUGUCGACACGGAGAUUUUGACUUCAUAUGCAAACCGGAUUUGUGUACACAACUCUAUACCAAUUUAUGUCGAAAUGCGCUGUCGUGAGCUACCACGUGAACGACGAGAUUGUAAUCUUCUCUCAAUGUACAUCAACAUAUAUUAUUUCAAUGACGAUGAUAUGGUCGCUAAAAUGCAUUCAAUACAACUUGAUGCAGUACAGGGCUUGCCGUCUGAUGUCGUCUACACUACCAUAACAGAGUCUCGAUACUUUGUUAUGUCUUGGCCACAAGAAAAUAUAUUGGGCAAACCGCGUUCAGGCCUCUGCAAAUAUUCGUUAACGCCAAAUUUAGAUACUUUGGCGAGCAUACGUGACUUCAAACAUAUGCGACAUUGCAUUCGAUAUUUAGAGUGCACCACAGAUGACAAACUUAUUGGCUUUGGGGACACACAGUUAACUAUAUGGGACCAUCGUAGCGGCGAUGUGUUGAUGAACUAUGAAUUAAAUAUGAAGCUCGGUCAAAAUUUAGGUUCAAUUUAUUAUCCAAGCUUGGAUAUCGGACAAAAUAGUAUCUUGCUGCUAUUUCAAUACAUAAAAAACUUCGAAGAAUCUAAAUUACCUCAAAUAUUGUUAAUCGCAUGUAGUGUUUCACAUACCACCCCAUCACACCGUAUUUUGAAACAUCUUAAAAUGCCUAGCCUAGCUUUUGGUGCAAUACAAAACGCCAUAAACACAGGUGAUAACAUAAUUAUAACUGCGAAAAAUGACGAAGAAAUUUGGAUAAAUUGUACGGAUGUAACUACCAUAACACGAGUGCCCCCUCAACAUACAAGACGUUUUUACGCUCGAGGAAGAUCCCAAGUUAUUGAAUUGACCUGCAAAAUGCUUACUGUAGACUCGUUCGCAAACCACGUAUUAAAAUUGGCAGCAAAUCCGGCGGUUAAAUAUGAUAAAGCGAAUCAUGAUUUGUAAGCGUGGAUUGGAUAUAGGUCUGUUUUGGAAAGUUUUCUCGCGUUCAACAAGCAGUGUAUUUUAGACUUUAAUUAUAAAAUUUAUUCUUGGAUGAGUAUUUCCAAAAAUCCAAAAUAUGUUAUAAAUGUAUUUACAUACAUAUAAAUUUUGUAAAAAAGUGAAAAGUAGAGAGCUUUUUGGUAUGGUUGGAAGGUCAGCAAUUAGUUCACCUGUAUCUCAACAUGCGCUCAUUCAUAUUUUAAAAUUCAUUUCACAAACAUUGACGAUAAUAUAUCAUUGUAUAUAAUAACUAGCAGACCCGGCGAUCUUCGUCUCGC